UGAAAGUUCUUGACGUCAUCGUGACGCGCAAUGCCUGAAAUACGUGCUAACCCAUUUGCAGAAGGGACAAUUCACGUCUAGUGAACUCAAUCUGAUUAUUACAGUGUAAAAUUACGUUCAACAUACAGUUGCCAAACCAAGGAGUAUUUUUAUCAAAUGCGAAACAAUAAAGUCUAAUUCAAAAGCAAUGGCAAUAAAAUGGAUCUCGUCUUCUCUUUCAAUUUUUCCAUUCCAAUGCGUACUGUGAGCUUAAUUUGCUCCAUGAAAAAAAAAUGUGUACUGUAAAGUACAUCCUGGACUUUUUGGAAAAGAAAGCAUUUCUGUUUGCACACGUGAUAUGUCGGAUAUGCUCUGGUGAGUGAGAACUACAGCUUCAAAACCUUGAACAAUUCAGACGAAGAGCUGAAAAUAUUUAUUGUUACGUAACUUUAGAGGAAUACACCCCUUUUAUUUUGGUGUAAUGCGAGUAUUGGCACAGAAGGACAGAGCGCAGCUGAGAUAAACACCCUGUUUGGAAACAAAACUUUUACGCCACUUUAUCUGCCAUUUUCUUCGUGAAUUUCUUAUUCUCUAUCUCGGAAAAGACUCGAAUCUCAAGAUGCGUCAGACCCUCAUCAUCCUUCUCGUCCUCGCAGUUAUCGGGGCUGCCUUGGUCGAUGCCGGGUCUGAUUUUAAACGUCGUCGCAUGACGCAGGCUACACGUCGUCGCAUGACGCAGGCUACACGUCGUCGCAUGCCGCAGGCUACACGUCGUCGCAUGUCGCAGGGUACUGUUGGGAAAGGAGAGAAUGAAAUCCCUCAACACCAGAAGCCGAAUGGAUAUCUACAGGGUCCAGGCAAAAACACAAAGAACGCGACAAGCUGGAAAGGAGAACCUUUGAGAGUGAAAGAAGGUCGACAGACUCCAGAGGCCUAGCGUUGAUCAGAUGGUCAUGCUCCGGACUAGGAUGGCUGCUGACCAAGCCAACUUGGGCUCCCAAAUUAAUUUCCAUAAUGAUGACCGAGAGAUGAAGUUCAACAUGAGAGGGCGUU